GAAAACCCACCCCUGGCAUGGCUGGGGAGGAGCAGGACUGUGAGAGAGCAGCGGGUGCCGAAGGGUUAACAGGGAGUGUUUGCAGCCAGUCCCUGGUCACCAAGGAGAAGCGAUCUGCCCUUGGGAAGGAAACAAAACACCCAGCAGGGCGAUUCCUCUCCCCAGCACCACUGCAGGGCUCUGGCACCGCCAGGACACUGCCACCACCCCGGGUGGCAGGGAGCAAGAGGCACCAGUCUUAUGGCAGAAUGUGGGGCACCCCGGGCACGGGGACACGCAGCAUCCGUCCCUACCAGUCCAGCGGGCAGUACCUGUACGCCAUGAAGGAGGACCUGGCAGAGUGGCUGAAGGAGCUCCAUGGCCUUGACAUCGAGGUGGGCACCUUCCUGGAGGUGCUGGAGACAGGGGCUGUGCUCUGCUGCCACGCCAACCACGUCACCCAGGUGGCAGGGGAGUUUGCCCAAGUGUGCCCCGAGGUGGCCAAGCACCUGCACCUGCCCUCUGCCGGUGUCACCUGCAACCUCACAGCACAGCCUGGCACCUUCCAGGCCAGGGACAACGUCUCCAACUUCAUCCAGUGGUGCAGGAAGGAGAUGGGGAUCAAAGACGUGCUGAUGUUCGAGACAGAGGACCUGGUGCUGAGGAAGAACGAGAAGAACUUUGUGCUGUGCCUGCUGGAGCUGGCCCGCCACGCCUCGCGCUUCGGGGUGCGCGCCCCGACCCUGGUGCAGAUGGAGGAGGAGAUCGAGGAGGAGCUCCGGCAGGAGAUGGAACUGCCUCCCCCAGAGCCCAGCCUGCCACGGGCACCCAGGAGGGCACCACGGGACCUCCAGAACCUCGACCAGAUGGUGCAGCACCUGGUGAGCCGCUGUACCUGCCCUGUGCAGUUCCCCAUGAUCAAGAUCUCCGAAGGGAAAUACCGCGUGGGGGACUCUGACAGCCUCAUCUUUGUGCGGAUCCUGCGGGAACACGUCAUGGUGCGGGUCGGGGGCGGCUGGGACACGCUGGAGCAUUACCUGGACAAGCACGACCCGUGUCGCUGCACCUCGCUCUCUCACAAACAAGGCCGGAAGGGCCGGAGCCCGCAGCAGCAGGUGCAGCACGAGGUGCGGCUGUGCCCGGCCGCCCGCAGCCCCCAGCCCGCCCUGCUGCUCAUCGGCCGCUCCCAGAGCCCCCUGCCCCCCGUGCCCUGGGGGGGCCGCGUCCCCCCUGGCACCCCGUCCCCGGAGCGCCGGGGUCGCCAGACGGGGGCCAGCCCUCAAACGGAGCCGGCACAGCCCCGCAGGGUCCCCUCGGGCAGGAUGCGGGAGCCACCCGCUGUCCCCUUGGGGAGGCAGCCGCCACCAUCCCGCUCACCCGCCCGAUCCGGCUCCCCUGGGCUCGGGGCUCGGGGCCGGGCACCCACCCCGUCCCGGCUGAGCGCCCCGAACGGCGCGGGGGUGCCCAGGGCAUGGCAAGGGACCUGCCCGGGGACAUCAUCCAGCCUGGGGACAACCGGCCUGGGGACAUCAUCCAGCCCGGGGACAUCAUCCACCCCUGUGGCACCGGCACGGGGCAGGCCCGCAGCUCCCAGCCCACGGACGGCACCGGCAGCUCCGAGGAGCGCCCAGCAAGGAGGAAAAUCAUCUGUGCCGGCUGCCAGGCCGCAGGAAACGGGGACAGCCGCAGCCCGAGCCCCCAGUCCCCUCAAGGUCCGUGCCCCCAGUCCCCUCAAGGUGUGCGCCCCCUCCUCGCUCCGGGAUGCUCCAGGAGACCCCCGGAGCCUGAAGAGCCCACAGGAAGGGAGGCAGGGAGCCCUGGGCCGGGGCCGACAGCCUUCACCCCGGAAUUGCUCCAGCCAAGCCCCGAAAUUGGACAGCAGCGUUAAACCCCCCCUCAAAGCCAGCCCGGCCCCCCGGCCCCCCACCCCUCAGGGCCGUUCUGCAGGGGGCUGCAGGGUCUGCGAUGCUGGGGACAGUCCCCAGGGGACAGGACAGAGCCACCCAGCCCCGAGCACAAGGACUGCGGGCACCCAGGGACCUCCAGGGGCACAGGAUGGAGCCGGGGCAGCCUGUGGUGAUGGCCCCGAGGGGUUCCGGGGGUGCUGUGGGCACACGCAGCCCCCCGGCUAUGCCAGCGUGCUGGAGGAGCUGGCCCGCGGCCCGCAGCCCCUGCGGCCUGUGGGGAUGUGGGGACAGGGCCCCAGAGCGCCCUCAGGAGCUGCCCCGGAGCUCCCGGCCCCGGGGGAGGCAGGGGGGCCGGGGAUGGGGGGCCAGACCCCCCGGGCCAGCACGGCCGCCAAGCCCCGGCGCUGCCUGAAGAAGCCCGAGCGGGUGCCCUCCAUCUACAAGCUGAAGCUGCGGCCCAAGGUGCGGCCCCGGCGGGACCACAGGCCGGGCAAGCGCCCCUCGCGCAUCCCCACCCCGCUGGGGCAUCGGCCCCGGGGCCAGCGGCGACCCCCGGGCGCCCCCCGAGCCCCCCAGAGCGGCAGCGCCCGCCCCGAGCCCUCCCCGGGGGACAGCGGCGCUUGGCCGAGCGAGGAUGAGGAGGAGGAGUCGUGGGUCUGA